UUGGGCACGGGAGUUAUUUCUUGGGUAGCUUUAGGUAGAGAUCGUUUUGAUAAGGACCUGCCUCGCAUGGGCCAGUAGGCCUUCUGCAAUGUUCCUCCAUUCUUAUGUUCUUAUGUUAACUUCCUCGCUCCACCUCAUGGAACAGACCCGGGUCGGGACCCGUCCCAGAGAACCCACCAGUAGUGGGCUCAGUAGUGAGGUGUACAACAAACUACAUAAGGAGGCUAUGACGACAACAGAUCAUUAGUUAUCUGGAAGAAUGUGUUCGAGGAUGAUCUUCUCAACGUAUGUGAUGCUUCAGACGGUCGGGACGCUAGUCUCCUGCAGACCAGAGACCAUGGGACCCUUUCUUCAUGGUCCUCCAGCAUCAAUGGCAGUUGGAGUAUUGUCUUCCAACAGUCCUAAAUAUUUGCCAAUUACAACAAAAGUGGAAAAUAAUUCUAAAUAUAUGCCACUUUCACCUAAGGAAGAAGGUCGUUCGUCUAAUUUGAAACAAAUGCCACAUAACACGAAGGAAGGAAAUGAUUCUUAUAAUCCUAAAAAUAUGCCACUUAGUCCUAAGGAAGGAACUAACUCGUUUGUUGCCACAUCAGAUCUUUUUGGGAAAAAAAGUGGUGUGAAUCUCCCACACCUGUCUACCCCUGGCAAGGUGGGUGUGGAGUUCCCCACACCUUUCUCUGGCAAGGUCUACCUGCUGACUGUGGUCUACCUGGUCCUACCUGCUGACUGUGGUACUACUGGGUCUAAAUCUCUGCUGACUGUGGUCUACCUGGGUCUUCUACCUGCUGACUGUGGUCUACCUGGGUCUUCCUCUAUGCUGGCAGUGGUCCUACCUGGGUCUACCUGCAGACUGUUGGUCUACCAGGGUCCUACCUUGCUGACUGUGGUCUACCUGGGUCUAAACUACCUCUGA